AAACAGGUGGAAGAAGCGAGAAAGAGCAUGAACUUCAUGAAUCGAGUCCUUGAGGAGCUGACAGCAGAAUUUUUUGAGAGAAUACCAGGAACUCAGGAUAACAAAUCUGAUAGUAACGGAGAAGGUAAAGGACAUUCCGAAAAGAAGGAUGGAGAUGGGUUUUCUGUGUCCCUGAAUGUGCAGCACUUCUCCCCAGAAGAACUGAGGGUGAAAGUAUUUGGAAGAAAAGUUCUGGUGUCUGGAAAACACGAGAAGAAAUGUGAUGAUGGCAGUGGCUCUUACAGCUACAAAUAUGAAGAGUUCAGGAGAGAAUUCCAGCUGCCAGAGGAUGUUGAUGCUGAAGCUCUUCGAUGCUGUUUGUCACAGGAUGGUCGGUUAAAGGUUCAAGCCCCAAGCCUGGCAUUGCCAGCUGUGAAUGAACGGACCGUCCCCAUCAACAUCACCUCAGACACAACAACCACUCCCCGGCUCAUUCCUGACCAAGAGGCAAAGGUACAGGAGAGCGGGAAGGAUGUGGGGAACAAGAAAGCUGGAGAACAUAUGGACAGCUAAGACUUUGUUUAAAUGAACGUUUGAAGAUAUAAGAUUUGUUGAAAAGCAGCAGUGAAUUUCUGUCAAUGUGUGAUGAUAAUAAAAGUUUUGUUGAAUUAAUUGGAAACCUGUACUAGGGUAUUUUGAGCAUUCAUGUGGAUUAUUUAUAUAAGUAUGUCUAUUGGAUCAAUAAAUACUUUGAAAGUUAA